AUGGCAUCCCCAGCAGCAGUGGUCGCAAUGUCCUCCUCAGCCUCGUCCAAGGCUACCGCCGCCAGCUUGCGCAAGCUCAUGUCACACCCCCAGGCACUCAACAAGACCCUCGCCGGUCUGCGAGUCCGCCCCGCGUCCGACUAUGCUCACCAAUGGGUCCCCGUCCCCGGCGUCGCGACCGCCAAGCCCAAGCGCACUCCACCAUUCACAUCAGGAUCUUCAUCAGUACCAUCAUUAUCAUCACAGGAGGGCGCCGCACCAUCAAUACUGACGGCUACAGGAGAGCGUACGAGGAUGCGUUGGCAACAGUCCAAGGUCUCGGCUAGAGUCCAGGCUGAUAUUAGGAAGAGGGUUGCUCGUCUGGAGAGGGCCGGGAUUGCUCUGGCAACUCAUCCCGAGACGGGUGCGCCUAUCCCUGCGGCCCAGAUCUUGAACCUUCCUGCUCCCAAGCCGCUUUCGACCAAGACUGUUCGUAUGGGCAAGCCUGAUAAGGGCCGCAAGCACGAUCGGACUGCUCCCGUGAGGAAAGCUAAGGUCGCCAAGGCCAUCGCCGAGAUGCCCAAGACGAUUGAGACCUGGAAGAAGGCCAAGGCUGCUGAGAAGACAAAGACCAAGAGCACUCUUCCUUUCUAA